UAAUUUUUUGCUAUGAAUUUUUAGGUGGUCCUGGAUCCGGUAAAGGCACUCAGUGUGAAAAGAUUGUUCAGAAGUAUGGCUUCACUCACUUAUCGACAGGCGAUCUUUUACGAGAAGAAUGUAACUCGGGUUCGGAGCGUGGCGCGAGAUUGGUUGAUAUCAUGAAAAAAGGACAGCUGGUACCUAAUGAUGAAGUUCUGGCACUUUUGAAAGAAGCCAUUCAAAAGCAUCUUCCGAAAUCAAAUGGUUUUCUCGUCGACGGUUAUCCCAGAGAAGCGGGGCAAGCUGUCGAAUUUGAACAACAGGUAUGUAAGUGCUCUUUCUUACUGUUCUUCGAUGUGCCAGAUGACAUCAUGAAGGCUCGUCUACUAGAAAGGGGAAAGACGAGUGGUCGAGCAGAUGAUAAUGAGGAGACAAUCGCUAAAAGGCUCGACACUUUUCACAAACACACACAACCUAUUCUAGACCAUUAUGGAGACAAAGUUAAAAAAAUUCCUGCAACCGGUACGGUUGACGAAAUAUUCACAGAAGUAUGUGCCGUCAUCGACGCUUGCAAAUGCUAACCCAAAGUUUAUUUUUAAUCUCACUCACAAAACAGUUCUGUCAUUUUGAGUCGCUUCCUGAACUUCGAGAGACCAAAGAAAGGAACAUUUCGGUUCUUGUUUUUGCUGUCUCAAAAGUGAAAGCAAGAGAAAAAAAACGCGUGAAAAAAUAUACAGAGAAGUUCCUUUUUCUUGUGCAAUAAAAGCAUAUUUUUUGCUGAGACACACUUUCAUUCUUUUGGAGAAUUAACGCAAUGUGUAAAUAUAACUAAGUAAAAAAUAUUUUGCUUCUGUUUCA